AUGGUGAUAACAUUGAUACCCCCAAUUUGGACUGAUCGUGAUGAUUGUUUUCGUUGUCGUACAUCAUUCUCUGCAUUCACACGAAAACAUCAUUGUCGUGCUUGUGGCGAAACAUUUUGUGCAACAUGCUCAUCAAAACAAUGUCCUUUGCCUGAAUAUGGCAUUGAAGAUGACGUCCGAGCUUGUAUAACAUGUUAUGAGCGUAUUCAAGCGACAGGUAGCAUACGCCCACAAUAUUUAUCAAUAGAUAAAGUAAAAGAAAAAAAUCAAGAUGAAGAAGAUGCACUUCAAUUAGCAUUAACAUUAUCUAGAAGUGAAGCUGAAGAAAAAGAACGUCAAAAAAAAUUAUUAACUCAAAAAUAUGCCAAUUCAACGAAUCAAUAUCCACAAUUUCCAAUCAGCUCAGCGCCUAUAGCCGAUGAUGAUCAUCAACAAGUUUAUUGGGAAAAUCAAACUAAAAAUGAUCUUAUUACUAUUAAACCAAUAGCAAAAGAUCCACUGGAUCCAUUUGUACGUGAUGAUGAUAUCGAUAUUUUUGUUAAUAAUGUCAAUGAACAUAUAAGCAAUAUCAAAUUUCGCAUGUUAAGUAAUCAACAACGUGGAAGAAACAUAGCCAAUGAUACAGCUGUACAAUCCGUAUUUAUUAUGCUUCAACAUAUGUAUCCUGAAUUACAUCAUUUAAUCAAAUUACUUGACGAUAAACAAGCUUAUUAUGAAAGUUUACAAGAUAAAUUAAAUCAAUUAAAAGAUGCAAGAGAAGCCUUAAAUGCUUUACGUGAAGAUAAUAUUGAAAAUAAAAAACAACAAGCUUUAGAACGCGAAAGACAGCGACAAAUACAAUUAGCUCUUAAACUUGAUGAUAUGCGUCACAAGAAACAAGCUUAUUUGGAAUAUCAAAGACAACUUCAUCUGCACCGUUUGACAGAACAAGAAGCAGAAAUGCAAGCAAGACUUAACCAGCAACGAUAUUAUAUUCAACAACGUGAACAACAAAAUCAACUACCAUACAUUGCACCGGCUCCUGGUAGUUAUUAUUAUCCAGUAGCUCCUCCGUUGUCGAUGACACAAGUAACAAAUGCUCUUCCCUCAGUUGGGCCAACCGUAUUACCUCAAAAUCAAACUUUUUAUUCUCAACAGAAUCUUCCACAACAUCCACCUGUAUCAACACCAAUGCCACCCAAUAAUGAGCAAACAUUAAUAAAAUUUGAUUAA